AUGGCCGGACUCAUCGAUCAUUCAAUUGAUCGCGAAUUCAAGUGUGAUUACAAUAGCUGUGGAAAAUAUUAUACAAAACUCAAAUAUUUAAGACAUCAUUACCGAACUAUUCAUCAGAAUAUAAAACCAAACAAAUGUGAUGUCGAUAACUGUGGCAAACAAUUUGCUACUAAAACUGAACUUUUAAGACAUCAACGAAAACAUUCAGAAAUUAAACCAUUUAAAUGUGAUGUCAAUGAAUGGCUUUUACUUAUACAUCAAUUGACGCAUUCAUCUAUAAAACAGUUUGAAUGUAAUAAAUGUAAUAAAACAUUCAAAUCUAAAUCAUAUUUAGAUUGUCAUAAAAGAUCUAAACAUUUAAAUGUUAAAUAUGUUUGCGAUUACAACGAUUGUGGCAAAUGUUUUACUAGUAAUACAUAUUUAAAGCAACAUAAAUCUUGCGUUCAUUUUAAUAAAAAACAUCAUUACCGAACUUUUCAUCUAAGUAUAAAACCAUAUAAAUGUGAUGUCGAUAACUGUGGCAAACAAUUUCCUACUAAAUCUAAUCUUUUUGACAUUGGACAACAACAUGUGCCUGAACUCCAAGCUGCCGGCGUGCAUGUAGUUCUCAUACCUACAGGUGCUGUCUAUCGUAAUGCAGCCGAUUUUGAGCUAUACUAUCGGAUCAGGCGAUUCAUUGAACAGCCAAGAAAAAAUCCAGAGACAAGUAAAACCAUUUUGGUUGUCAUAACUGGUGACCAGGAUUUCGGGUCAGCACUUGAUUUGGCCAAACAAUCGGGUAUUAGUGUUGUAUUGAUUCACAGGGAAAAUGUAUCCUAUCCUGAAGGUAAUUGCAUACCCGAUGACAUGUCCGUUGUCAACUACAAACAUGAACACGGUUACUCCCGUAUAGUAGGAGUUACCCGACUAUGUCGGGGAACAAGGGGAUCCGCUCGCCCCUUAAGCCACACACCACGAAACCGACCGGGUUGA